AUGCCCUUGAUUGACCUGUCCGAUGCCGAUACAAGCUUGACCGUCCCAGUUUCAAGUAGCAUGGAGAUUGAAGGACCCGACAAGGGUCUUCCUCGGCCGCUUUCGCCGUGUCCAUCAGAUUGGCCUUCUGGCGCUGCUUCUGACUAUCAGUCCCUGCCUAAAGGUGGGGUGUCGCUGGGCAGUGAUGCCCCUGAAGCUCAAACCACAGUCUCGCGGACAGAGGGCGGUGCCGCGAAUACGGCCUCUAGGAGACUAGGUGAAACCAAGGCGGGAUGUGGUCCAGGGUCGAGAUCAGGACAUCUACUAGAUUGA